AUGGGCAUGAGAGAGGUUGUCACCCUCUCCUCCUUCGAUCGCCCACAGAAUGUUCAAGAUUCCGUUUCGGACUGGCUCCAAUCCGGUUAUCGCGAUUUCUACAACACCGACAAAAUCUCCAGUACUGUCUCGUUUCAUGGCCCGUGCAAGUCGAACAACAGCCCUGACCUGGGGAGUGUCACUACUGGCGAUGACAAUGUGAGCAUCAGCGAUUCUGCUCAUGAGUCAUUCUCGACCGAGUCAUCUUCUCAUACCUCGUGGACGAAUGCAACCGAUCCGGUUGACGUUCUCUCCGACGAGGAAGAAAAGGAUCAUGUGCAGCAAUUGAAGCAGUGCCACGGCUCUCGCGCAUCAGUCGAGAUCCAGGAGCAAUUACUCAAAGGACUCCACAGUACUGAUCAGUCUGCGUGCUCCAGCCUACGCUCUCACGCGAAUCCCGAUGUCUCCAGCGUACUUGAAGCGCAGGCUUUUGACCGAUCCCUGGCCUUGACUGAGGCAGCUGCUGCAGCACGGAUUGUCGACACCAACGCUAGACAUAAUAUCCCAAAAUGCAGUCUCCGAAGAGCCUGUUGUCCGAGCAAGAAGCAAAUUUCGCCCCCAAAGCUCAAGAGAGACACCGAGGUCACCGAUCAAUUUGUUUCCCUUCUCAUAAUCUUCGCUACCAGGCUGAUCACUGCGAUCUGGCCACUGUCGGCUUGCCCUCCUAUGAUGUCAACCUGCUUCAAUGGUGCUGGUGUCCUGCCUCUGCGCGUCUUCAUCCAGGAGACUCUUCGACGGUCCAAGACCAGCUAUUCGACGCUCCAGGUAGCCUUGUACUACCUGAUCUUGCUCAAGGCCAAAUUACCUUGUGCUGACUCCAGAAAGAGACAGCAGAGCUCAUCCGCGGGUGAUGAGGCCUCGGAAAGAUCCCAGUGUCGCGCAAUGCAAUGCGGGAGACGGAUGUUCUUGUCAGCCCUUAUGCUAGCCUCGAAAUACCUGCAAGACAGGAACUAUUCCGCUAGGGCUUGGAGCAAGAUCUCCGGACUCCGCAGCAGUGAAAUCAAUCAGAACGAGCGGGAAUAUCUGACUAAGAUCGACUACAACCUCCACGUGCCCAAGGAGCUCUUCGACAACUGGAGCAAGAUUGUAAUUGCUUUGAGCAAAUUGUCCAAGGAGCCGGUGCAAUGCCCCUCGGGGUCAUGCAAUCUCGACCUUGGUCAACCAGGCAGUGGCACCAAUGCAAUCCUGGCUGACAUGGUUUCGGAAGUCGACGUCGGCCACGUUCGCAGUGACUCUAUGUUCUCCGACGAUUGGUGGGCGGCCGUGAUUCAACAGCUGGACCCCGCCAUGGUGAAGGACCCGGUGUUGGUGAAUGACUUCCUCCAAGUACAUCUGCCCAAAGACAAGAUUGAGCAGGUGCUGUUGCCCACCUCGACUAAGCAACAAGGCCGGUCAUGGGAUGCUCUUCCACCAAGUCCGGAUCAUGUUUACGACAUGAACUUCAGUGAUACUUUGAAACCACGGAGUGCCGAGCACUGCAAAGGACAAACUCCUCAGACCCCUCAAACUCCUGUUCAGACAAGUCCGUCACGAAGCUCGACGUUGCCCAUGCAACCACACCUUCGAAAUCUUCCUACUCCACAGACCACCCCCCAACUUGCUGAGAAAUGUCCGUGGUCCCUGAGUUCCAGCCGAAACUCUCUGCGCUGUUCCGCUUCUGUCGAUGCUCUGCGGAGUAUGAAAAAGCAGUCCAUCAUGAAUGCCAACCUAGACCGUUGCCCUCCGCCACGACCUAAUGGCUGCGAGCUACCACCUGUCAAAUCCCUGAUGCGUUCUGCAGAGACAACUCGGGAGAGCUCAAGCAGGUCUACUACUCCAACGUCCUCACCAGCAUCGGUUGCGUCGGAGGUGACGGCUUAUACAUCUCGGUCUAGGUCAUCAUCUGUUUCCUCCAGUUCAUCUUGGUCGUCCUUGGCCUCGGCCGUCCCUCGAAUGCGCAUUGCCAGCACUGGGUUUUCCAGCUCUCCUCUAGCCCGAGUUUGCCCGUUGUCUGAGCGACACCGUAUACCGGUGUCUGGGGAUGACUCGAGCCUGGACGCUUCGAGCAGCCACUCGAAUAGAGAAGGCUCCUCGCGUAGCGAGUCGGCAGCGACCCCGACCCCGAAUCAAGGUGGAGGAUAUGGAAGCUGCGGAAGUUUGCCAUACAGACUGUCCAAGCAUUCUGUCCCCACCAUAUCCGAGGUUGAUGCUGUCCGUGUCCUCAUGUCACUGUCCACACAUUCGGAGACGCCGAGCAGAAGCGUGACCCCGACUCCACAACAACUGACAGGAUAUGGUGUUGGUAGCCGACGGAAGGAGAAUGAACACCCCAGGUGCCACAAGAGAUCAUUAUCAACGAUAGAGACCAAUCUUCAGUCACAAGUGCGGUGUACCAUGCUGAAUGGCAGUAUGCGUUCGGAUGCUCUUGAAGAUCCUCUGAAGCCUUGCUACGACAACACACCGAAGCAAUGGCAACUUCCUACGCAGGAUUGGGCAACGCCUCGGAAGGCGUUGCCCAACAGCAUGGACAACAAACGUCUGGCAACAUACUGUUCGAUGCAGCAGUUUCCUUCUGCACCGGAUCUAGCGUCGCAGUAUCUCAAGGAUGCGAUGGUUAUCGCUUCCUAG